GUUGAGACAGUCACGCGUCGCGUUGAAAACUGGCUUGUUAGCGGUGAGGGGUAGGGGCUGGGCCCUGUCGUAGUCUGGACUGAAGAUUGCCAUGGGUGAUUUUGAAAAGGGUAAAAAGAUCUUUGUUCAAAAAUGUUCUCAGUGUCAUACAGCUGAAAAAGGUGGAAAGCACAAGACCGGCCCAAAUCUUUGGGGUCUCUUUGGCCGAAAAACAGGACAAGCUGCAGGAUUUUCUUAUUCAGACGCAAACAAGAACAAAGGUAUUGUCUGGAGUGAAAGCACACUGAUGGAAUAUUUGGAGGAUCCUAAGAAAUACAUUCCUGGGACGAAAAUGAUUUUUGCUGGCAUUAAAAAGAGUAAUGAAAGGGCAGAUCUCAUUGCAUACUUGAAAAAAGCAACCUCUUCAUGAAACAUUGCAGCCUCUGUGAUGUCCAGAUAAUUCCCAGUUUGCACCACUCUUGUGUUACAUCUGAUGUUUAUUGUCCUAGCAUUUGCUCUUUAAGACAUUACCUUCAAAAAGUCAAAUAAAAGUUGGUAUUUUCAGGUG